AUGGCUGUCGAGAAGGCAAACCAGGCGAGUGGCGAAUUAAUCUGCUUGUCGGACGAGGAUCGUGUCGAGGAGGGUGUCAUGGCCAUGGGUCAUCGCACCGUACCUCGCCUCUUUCCAUGCAAGGCGUUUGGUAUCGCAUCUAGCCAGAAUGGAAAUUCACGGCUCGUGUCUUUCAACAUCACGGUCAUAUUCACUUCAGGAGGGGGCGAGAUGAGCGGCAAGAACUUCGAUCGCCUGAAGCAUUUCGUGUGCCGCAAUACGGACAUUCACCCAUCAGAGAUCGAGAACGACGCUCCCAUGGUGGUCGGCCAGCAGACUCUAGAGACGACAUUGGCUCGCCUCGGCAUCUCGGCUGAACGGGUGCGCUCUGCAAGUCAACCGAGAGACAAGCUUGCGACUGUCGUAAACUGCCAAGCUGCGGGCACAGCCGAGCAACACAGCAGCAGCAGCAAAAGAAAUACUAUAGACACAUCACAGUGGAGGAACACAGCGAAUGAAUUGCAACCGGUCAUCGAUCGCAUCGGUUCGAGCAUCCAGAGGCUCAAUCGUCAGUGGCAGAUCUUGGACGACGCACAAAAGCGACUGGAAGGAUUGUCUAUCUCAACUUCAGAUGAGGUCGACUGGGACGAUCCAGUCAUAAGGAUUCAAUCGGAGCUGGAUCUCUUUGAUUGUGAAGAAACGGACUCAUGA